GGCGCGCGGAGGCAGCCAUGUUGGCUGUGUGUGUGUCAAUGGGAAAGUAAAGAGGCGGCCGGGUUGGUUGCUUUGUGGUCCUCCACUCCAGCCGAGCCUCUUGAAUCGACUCUAGGGACGAGCUGCGUCCCAGUAUCAGACUGACUGACAAAUAUAAUCUGAAUUAUUAGUACCAUCCGAGCUGCGCGUCAUUGUGAACCCGGGUUCGCCAAGCUUCCGCAGUGAAGGCAUGGCUCCCCAUACGAGGCUCUAGUUCUACCUUAUGAUGCCUUUUGCCCGGCCAUUGCAUUCCUGGCACAAAAUGGAGGUGCACAGCUUUAACGCUGAGAUCAAUGGGCAUCAGGUUGCAGAUGAGCCGAUGGAAGAAGGAGAAUCCUGCACACACUGUGAUGACGGGUCCUAUAAAGAGAUCCCCAUCACUCAUCAUGUAAAGGAGGGCUGUGAAAAGGCUGACCCUUCCCAGUUUGAGCUGCUUAAGGUAUUGGGCCAGGGAUCAUUUGGAAAGGUUUUCUUGGUGAGGAAGAUAAUGGGCCCAGAUGCUGGUCAGCUGUAUGCAAUGAAAGUCCUUAAAAAGGCAUCGUUAAAAGUAAGGGACAGGGUUCGCACAAAGAUGGAACGAGAUAUUUUGGUGGAAGUGAAUCAUCCCUUCAUUGUGAAGUUGCACUAUGCCUUUCAAACAGAAGGGAAGCUCUAUUUAAUUUUGGAUUUUCUCAGGGGUGGAGAUGUAUUUACUCGCUUAUCCAAAGAGGUUAUGUUUACAGAGGAGGAUGUGAAAUUCUACCUUGCAGAGCUGGCCCUUGCAUUGGAUCACCUUCACAACCUAGGCAUUGUUUACAGAGACCUGAAGCCUGAAAACAUUUUGCUUGAUGAAGCUGGACAUAUCAAGCUAACAGACUUCGGGCUCAGUAAAGAAUCAGUAGACCAGGAUAGGAAAGCAUACUCUUUUUGUGGCACUGUGGAAUAUAUGGCCCCUGAGGUGGUCAACAGGAGAGGACACACACAGAGUGCUGACUGGUGGUCUCUUGGUGUUCUAAUGUUUGAAAUGCUGACAGGGACAUUACCAUUUCAAGGAAAAGAUCGGAAUGAAACCAUGAACAUGAUUCUUAAAGCUAAAUUGGGAAUGCCACAGUUUUUAAGUUUGGAAGCACAGAGUCUUUUAAGAAUGCUCUUUAAAAGAAACCCAGCAAAUCGCUUAGGAGCCGGUCCAGAUGGUGUAGAGGAGAUCAAACGACAUGCCUUUUUCUCCACCAUAGACUGGAACAAACUAUAUCGGUGCGAACUUCAACCUCCUUUUAAACCAGCAGCGGGAAAACCAGACGACACAUUCUGCUUUGACCCCGAGUUCACAGCAAAAACCCCAAAGGACUCUCCAGGCAUUCCUCCCAGUGCAAAUGCACACCAGCUUUUCAAAGGCUUCAGCUUUGUAGCGCCAGUCUCCCUGGAGGAGAGCAAGAGCUCCCCUCUAGUUAACAUCCUCCCCAUUGUUCAGAUGCAUACCGGCACAGCACAGUUCUCAGACAUAUACGAGCUGAAAGAGGACAUCGGCGUGGGCUCAUAUUCUAUAUGCAAGCGCUGCAUCCACAGAGUGACAGCAAUGGAGCUCGCAGUAAAGAUUAUUGACAAAAGUAAACGGGACCCUUCAGAGGAGAUUGAAAUUCUUAUGCGGUACGGCCAGCAUCCAAAUAUCAUCACAUUAAAGGACGUUUAUGAUGAGGGACGAUUUGUGUAUUUGGUAACUGAGCUAAUGAAGGGAGGAGAGCUGUUGGAUAAGAUUCUCAGGCAGAAGUUCUUCUCGGAGCGAGAAGCGAGCGCCGUGCUCUACACAAUCACCAAAACGGUGGAUUAUUUGCACUGCCAAGGGGUGGUUCAUAGGGACCUGAAGCCCAGCAACAUUCUGUACAUGGACGAUUCGGGUAACCCAGACUCGAUCAGAAUCUGUGACUUUGGCUUUGCCAAGCAGUUGAGGGGGGAUAAUGGACUUCUGCUCACGCCAUGUUACACUGCUAACUUUGUAGCACCCGAGGUAUUGAUGCGUCAGGGUUAUGAUGCAGCCUGUGAUAUCUGGAGUCUGGGAGUUCUUCUUUAUACCAUGCUAGCUGGGUACACCCCGUUUGCUAACGGCCCCAAUGACACUCCAGAGGAGAUUCUGUUGCGUAUCGGCAGUGGCAAGUUCUCUCUCAGUGGAGGAAACUGGGAUACUGUAUCUGAUUCCUCAAAGGAUCUUUUAUCUCACAUGCUUCAUGUGGACCCUCAUCAGAGGUAUUCGGCCGAGCAGGUACUGAAACACUCAUGGAUCGCCUGCCGGGACCAACUGCCCCAUUUCCAGCUUACUCGGCACGAUGCACCUCAUUUAGUUAAGGGAGCAAUGGCUGCCACCUACUCAGCAUUGAAUCAUAAGACAUGCCAGCCAGUCCUGGAACCAGUUGCAGCUUCCAGUUUGGCUCAGCGCAGAAGCAUGAAGAAGUUAACUUCCACUGACAUGUUGUGAACAGAUGCAUCUUCACAUCACUGUGUUUUCUCCUCCCCAUUUUGUCUAUUUAUUUGUUUGCUCCUGCCCCUACUCGUUGGCAUUUUUCUUCAGCUCUUGCACAUUGUAUUUGGACACAUUUACAUUAUGGAAACAUUUACAUUAUGGAGGCUGUUUAGCAAGUUACAGACUGCACUGAACAUGGCUGAAAAUUUAAUCCAAAAUGCUGCAGGGUUGCAAUGUGUUUUACUUUUGUUUCUCUUUUCUUUUUUUUAUUCCCAUUUCCUCUUGUAUACAUUCUUUGCAACUUUCCUUUUUGUCUUUUCUCAAUCAUUCUUUAUUUUCUCUUUACUGCUAAGUAAAAAAAACAGCACCAGCACCUAUUCUCAUUCACUGUGACUGGCUGACCUAAAGCUGCUUUAAGUAAACUGUGCUCUGCCUCCCCCCCGCCCCAGUUGAAAAGUUCUUUUUUUUCCCCAACCCUUUUAUCCCAUAGUGUUGAUCAGCUUACUUUUGUCUAACUUUUGAUGAAUUAUCUGGGAAGAAAAGUAUGUUUUGGAAGCUUUGGGCUUUUCAACCCAUUUAGCAUAUGGGUAGAGGAAUCGGUGUAUCUGAACCACUCAAUGUUACCUCAAGUCAAGUUGACAAGGUGAAAGUGAAGACUUCUUUAAGCUUUCAAUAAGUGUAUAUAGAAUUUAGAGUCCGAGAGAUUGUCAAACACAAAACCCGAUCAGUCCCCAUCAUAUCAAUUAUAUUUAAGCACAUUUGCACUGAAGCUUGUCAGGUUGUUGCUUCCCCCUGUACCCAACCUUGAUCCUUUUUUUUUUUUUUUUUCCUUUUUUACUUGUGUAUAAUAAUAAUAAUAAUAAUAAUAAUAAUAAUAAUAAUAAUAAGCUAAAGCUGAAAUAAUAGAAACUAUCAAAGGUCAGUGAAUAUGGACCAGAGUUCAUAGUGUUGGAUCCAGUAUUAGGGCAAACCAAGGACUCUACAGUGGAAUUUACAGACGCUCUCGAAGCAGUUGAGAUGAUUGAGUAUAUAUAUAUAUAUAUAAAAACAGAUAAUGGGCUAAAUAUAUAGAAAUACAUCUAUAAAUGUCUCUUCUAAAGAAAUUGUGCAAAUUGUAUCAUAUUGUAUUUAUUUCAUUUAAUUUUUAAAAUUCUAUUUUUCUUUCUGGUUCUGUAUAUAUUAGCAUUAAAGGUCACAAAACAUGCA